GUUUUUAUAUACGAAAUGCCAAGCAGGACUGCGUGCGGCCUACCCAUGGCCUAACCCUUAGAGAAUAGACUGAGAAUAGAUCAUAUGGAGAGGCCCUUGUCAACAUACUAAUUUUACUUAUACAUUAUAGGGCGUUAAAUUGGUAUAUUUUCUCUUUUUUCUACCGUUCCCAACCUCAUGGAUAAGUGAUUCGUACAACAGUGCCUACCUAUAUGAACUUGACUUGACAUUGACAAUUUGAAUUUAUUUGUCUUUGUUGUAGGUAACCUACCUAGUUACCUAAGUUGUAAAUAAAAAUUAGUAAAUUCUCCAGUUCAAGAAAUUGUACAACAAAAUCUAACAUUUUGUUUAUUAAUUUAGAUUGUUCUGAAGUUUGUUUAUAUCCAUAAAGUAUUGUGUAUUUACUGAUACAUUUUAUGUGAGCCGGCGUUAAAUCAACAAUCUUGUAAUAGGUAAUAAAAAGCUUAGCAGUUUGAUUGCUUUGCAGCAAUGUACAUAUCUAACUUUGCAAGUUCCUAAAUACCAACGUAAAACAUUGAAUAUUUUGAAAAGCAAAAACUAUAUAAAUAAUAUGAUAUCAAAAGGAUCCUUUGAAAAUAACUUCAAAGAUUAUUCUCCUGUAACAACAAAUAAUAUAUUAACAGAAUCCCGAGAUGAGAUAUCCAGCGAGUUUCAAGAAAAGCUGCAGAACUAUAAAAGAUCAAAGUUACAUUUGGUAACAACUGACAUGCAAAGUGAUAUUUUUUAUGAUGGAACUAUUUAUACUGGAUCAGCAGGAAUGGCAUUGUAUUACUUGUCAUGUUGUUCAUUGGGUAAAAAUGAUAGUAAUGUUGAAUUACUGAAGAAGGCUUUGAAUUACAUUGAUAUAAACAAUUUAAAACGUCACAGAAUCAGUUUCAUGUGUGGUGACGCUGGUCCUUUAGCUUUGGCUACUGUUAUAUCAUAUAAGUUAGGCAAUAAACGACCUGAAAAAUAUCCCGAUUAUAAAGAAUUAGCUCUUAGACUUAUGUCAUUAGUAUCAUUAUUGGAAGAUUCGCCGGAUGAGUUACUGUAUGGGAAAGCUGGAUAUCUUUAUGCUUUACUAUUUGUUACUAAGCAUAUCCCUGCAAAAGAUGUAAUACCGGUUUGCCACUUUGAAAAGGUCAUAUCGUCUAUACUAAAAUCAGGAAAGCAAUUUUCUGCACAAAUGAAAUUUGAUACUCCUCUGUUAUGGGACUGGCAUGAUAAAAUUUAUUUCGGUGCAGCGCAUGGUAUGGCUGGAAUAAUGUAUAUGCUCUUACAGGCUAAUGCAUAUAUUACUACUGCUGAAAAAAAAGUUGUCAAAACAGCGAUUGAUUGGCUUUUAACUCAACGUUUCCCCAGUGGAAACUUCCCAUCGUCAUUGAGUAGUAAUGCUCGCGACAGAUUGGUUCAAUGGUGUCAUGGGGCUCCGGGGUUUAUCCCAUUGUGUCUUUUGGCACACCAGAUUUAUGACGACGAAAGGUAUUUGAAGAUUGCAGUGCAAUGUGGUGAUGUCAUAUGGCAGAGGGGGCUUUGCUCCAAAGGAUACAGUUUAUGUCACGGAGUCAGUGGAAACGCAUAUGGUUUUAUACAGUUGUUCCAGGCUACGAAGAACCCGAUGCAUUUGUACCGUGCUUGCUGUUUCAUGGAAUGGUGCGCUUUGGAAAGGCCCGGGACUGAGCUGCACCACCCAGACAGACCGGCCUCGCUGUUUGAAGGCGCGCUGGGGAGGAUCUAUUUAGCCGAGGACAUGUCUCGUGUUCUGAAUGCCAAAUUCCCAGCUUUCUGUUUGUAAUUCAUAUUUUACUAUUGUUUGUUUUGAAUUUCAAGUUAGAUUUAAUUUUCUACAAAUUGAAACGAUAUGUUGUAAAAAAUAUUUAUUAGAAUUAAUAUAACUAUGCAUUACAAUACUUAAAAU